UAACCUUUUAAUAGCUUUCCUGACUUUUGAAACUCUCAGGAUUACAUGCGUCAGCUAUUCCUUGCUUUGGAUUAUUGCCAUGGUAAAGAAGUGCUCCACCGGGAUAUUAAACCUGCCAAUCUACUUGUUUCCAAGGAUGGGAGGUUGAAAAUUUCUGAUUUUGGGAGUUCUCGUUAUGUGGUGGAGGAAGAUGUUGACUUAAACGUGGGUUCUAGUGGUACGGGUGAUACGGGUGAUAUUGAGGCUUCAGUCUGGACACAGGAAAGGUGGCUAAAUUUCUUCGAUGGCUUUACACUAGAUGUAACAACCUUUCGGUACAAGGCUCCUGAGCUCUUGAAGCAAGUAACCACAUACUGCUCGAAAGUUGAUAUGUGGGCAGCCGGCGUGAUUUUCGCUAAAUUGCUCAAUAAGAACUCUCACAUAUUUGACGUAUCAGCCGGCAUGGAGGAAUCAGAUCUGCUCAAUCAGAUCUUCACACUUUGUGGAUCUCGUAGUGUUGAUGAGAUUGAAGAGUUUCCUAGACUUCUAAAGCAGAAGUUUUCUCACAUUUCUGAACCAGCUCUGGAUCUCUUGGACAAGAUCUUGGUCCUCGAUCCAUCAAAG